CGGAGGCCGGGCUCGAGCGAGCGCGCCGACAACUCCGCUCCCGCUCCCGCUCCCCAGCCCGGCGCUUGAUGGCGGCUCCCCGCUAACCUCGAGCUUUACACCGCACCAUCUCUCGACGGAAACACCCCCCCCCCCCGCCAAAACAACAACAAAAAACUAACUCUGAACUUGGGGCGCGAUCUUACCGGCUGUCCAUGUCGAAGAGGUUAAGGAGCAUCGACGUCUGCGCUGACUGCAGUGUCGCCGAUCCUCGCUGGGCAUCGAUAAACAGGGGUGUUUUGAUGUGUGAUGACUGCGGCAGUGUGCACCGCAGUUUGGGGCGACAUAUCUCUCAGGUACGACACCUGACGCACACACCCUGGCCUCCUACACUGUUACAGAUGGUACAAAUGCUUGUUGCCAAUGGGGCAAAUUCAAUCUGGGAGCACACCCUGCUGGAUCCUACAUCAGUGAGUGGAAAGCGCAAGGCCAGCCCUCAGGAUAAAUUACAUCCAAAUAAAGCAGAAUUCAUCCGAGCCAAAUAUUCGAUGCUGGCAUUUGUCCAUCGUUUGCCUUGCCGUGAGGAUGACAGUGUUGCAGCCAAAGACCUGAGCAAACAAUUACACUCAAGUGUGCGGACAGGGAAUUUGGAGACCUGCUUACGACUCCUCUCGUUAGGAGCCCAAGCAAAUUUCUUUCACCCUGAGAAAGGAAACACUCCUCUUCAUGUAGCAAGCAAAGGAGGACAGAUUCUACAGGCAGAGCUGCUAGCAGUAUAUGGUGCUGAUCCCGGUGCCCCUGAUGCCAAUGGCAAGACUCCAAGCGACAAUGCAAGGCAAGCAGGACACCAUGAGCUCGCAGAUCGUUUGGUAGAAAUCCAGUACGAACUCACCGAUAGACUAGCCUUCUUUCUCUGUGGAAGGAAACCAGAUCACAAAAAUGGACAGCACUUCAUAAUUCCACAGAUGGCUGAGAGUAGUUUGGACUUGUCAGAAUUAGCAAAGGCAGCAAAGAAAAAACUUCAAUCGUUAAGUAAUCACUUAUUUGAGGAGCUAGCUAUGGAUGUAUAUGAUGAAGUAGAUCGUAGAGAAACCGAUGCAGUUUGGCUAACGACUCAAAAUCACAGCACCCUGGUCACAGAAACAACGGUCAUUCCCUUCCUUCCUGUGAAUCCAGAGUAUUCCUCAACUAGAAAUCAGGGGAGGCAGAAGCUGGCACGGUUUAAUGCUCAUGAGUUUGCCACUCUCGUCAUUGACAUUCUAAGCGAUGCUAAGCGGAGACAACUUGGAAAUCCUGUCACCAGUCCAAAAGAUAAUGUGGAGCUUGUACUGAAGAGCAUUAAUGAUCGUCAUGGAUGCCAUGACAAUGAUCAGCCUGAUUAUGACAGCGUUGCUUCAGAUGAAGAUACGGAUCAGGAACCAGCAACUAAAGCAAACAGAGCAAAGGAAUACAUGGAGGUGAAAAACGCCCUCAGUGCUUCCGAGGCAAAGGUGCAGCAGCUGAUGAAAGUGAACAGCAACCUGAGCGAUGAGCUGCGUCUGAUGCAGAAGAAACUCCAAACGUUGCAGAGUGAAAACACCACCCUCAGGCGGCAGGUCACUACGAAUAUCUAUCAAGUUCCCACCUGUCCAGAGUACCCAGGUCCCUCCAAUCCUUCAUCCUUAAAACGGCGCCCGUCCGCACGUGGCAGCCGGCCUAUGUCCAUGUACGAAACUGGCUCUGGUCAAAAACCCUAUCUCCCACUGGGGGACGUCACCUACACAAAGGACAGUAUUGCAGGACUUCAGCCCUUCCCUCAACAUGACUUGUGCUAACAUACUCAUUGUAAUUUCAAGAAAUUAAAGACUGAUAGACCUUCAACUAACUUGAUUCGACCAGAUGCUAACAGAGGGGGAAAAAAGAAAAUGUCUGCUUGAACCACUAAAUGGCAUACAAGUAUUAUAAAACCGUGUUCUUAAAACAAGCAGAUUACCUACAGCAGAGUAAAGUUAAAUUUUGUCAUGUUUCAUUUUGUGUGUACACCACGAAUGGCAACAUUGACCGUGUAAGACCAGGUGCAUCUCGAUGCCUUGCCUGGUCUAUGGCAAUUUAUCAGCUGGAUUGUUGGAAUUCAACUAUCCCUUGGCUGGGGGAAUGUGGGGUGAGGGUUACUGUCUCAUCCUGUUGAGCACUGAUGCUGGAGGCUCUGUACAUUGUUUUUGGGUUUUUUUUUUAGGUGAGGAUUGAAUUGGGCUUGGCUAUUCUGCUCUCUGUGAUUCCAAUCACUGCAGAUAAUCUGGCUCGCACCUUGAGUAUGUUCCUGCACUAUUUCCACUUCAGCUUCCAAAAUCAGACAUGCCUCGCUGCUAUGGCCAACUUUCAAAGCAAGGUGGUCUCAAGUUAGAACAAAGUGUUGGCAUAACUUUUUAUUUCUGUAGAGUUAGUCCAGCACUUCCUUGUCUCUUUUUUGUGGAGUUACACCAGCACUUUAUCUGUUUUUUGUAAACCAGCAUCUGUAGUUGAUCCGCGAGUUGCCAUGUUCUGAGGCCCAGUCCCCAUAUGAUUCUGAUGGCCUUUUGAAAGUUUUUUUUUAUCAUUGUUUCCAUCUCGGAUCAUAUGAGACAUUUGGGGCGGAACAAUGGUAAAGCUGCUGUCUUACAGAGCUAGAGAUCCGGGUUUGAUCCUGACUACGGGUGCUGUCUGUACAGAGUUUGUACGUUCUCCCUGUGAUCGCGUGGGUUUUUUCCCGGGUGCCCUGGUUUACUCCCACACUCCAAAGAUGUACAGGUUUGUAGGUUAAUUGACUUUGCUAACCAAAAAUUGUAAAUUGUCCCUAGUGUGUAGGAUAGUGUUAAUGUACGGGAUACUUGCUGGCCAGCGUGGACUCUGUGGGGCUGAAGAGCCCGUUUCCGUGCUGUGUCUCUAAAGUCUAAACUAAAGUCUAAAAAUGUAAAAGCAGUUGAGGUAUAUCUUAAUUUUUUUUAAUGAAUAAAUUAUAAGUUAAAAUAACUUUGAAAAGCACAUUUAUUUGGUGUAAAUUUUAAGAUAUUAAUUAAAAUAAAGAAAUGGACCAAACUAUUUACUUUCAUUUAUCUGUUCAAUGCAGGUGAGUGAUCUUGUUCAAAGUGAAGUGGCUGUGCUAGGUACACUGGCUACGGCUAGCAUGGAGUUGAGGUGUAGGGUACGAAGUAUAUCUGCCCCUUAGCUUAGUGUGAUCGUGGAAUAGCCACUGGACUUGGCAAUGUGUAGGCACUGAAGCCCAAUGACCCCUAAAUUCAUAAUCUUAAAUUACGUUUUUAAUUUGCAGAAUCAAGUGACCUUGCCGGCAGUUCUCUUCCAAACCAUUUGGAAAAUGCAAGUACCUUUCAACCUCUCGGCAAUAAUUAUUUGGGCAAGGUUCCAGAAUCAGUGCUCAGGAAGGUGGGCACAGAAAUGGAGAUGGCUGUAGAUGUGAAAAUAUAUUUUGCACAGCUUCAAUUUUAUCAAUUUAAACAUUUUGAAAGUAAUAUUGCAUCUGAAACAAAAUCCAUCCCUUGAAUUGCCUUAUUAAAUCACUUAAUUGGAGUUUUUUUCAUUUAGUAUCUCAAAAAUACACAGUUAUUCUUUCAAUCUCAAACUUUGGAAAAUAUUUCCAAUUUGACCAGUUAUGUAAUUAUACCAAAGAUGUAUUUGGAGGUUUAAGAUCUUCUAGGUGUCAGUUUUAUUGGUGCCACUGUUCAUUCCAUUAUGUUACAGGUUGGAUUCCUGCCACACAUCGGCUUUGUUAGACUCAUUAUAUCAGUGUUUAAACAAGAAAAUCAAUGUGUAUAUAUAUUGGUGAUUUUACUCUUUUUGCAUGGUCAAUUUUUUUUUUACAUUUUUAACCUGAGUUUUAGAAUUUCAAAAAUGGAUACCAUUUUGUUUGUUUUUAGGUUUGCCUUUUAGAGUAUAGUAGUGCAAAGGAGGAGUUGGUAGUGUGAAAGAGGUGUUUAUCUUAAAAUAUCUUGAUAAUACUGCCUGCCUUUUUCCUUAUCUGCUGAAAGACAUGCUCUCUCAUACAACAUAACUCUUGUCCUCCCUGUACAGAGUAAGAACAUUGUUCCCCUAAAUCUGACCCAAGCAAAAUUUAGCUGUUUCAGUCAUUGUUCAGAUUCUAGUUUUAAUUGCUAACCAGUUACAGAAUUUAUUUUCCACGGAAAGGUUGGAGUCUCAACAAACUUUGAAUUUAAACAAUGAACACCCCCUCUCCCCUCCCACAUUUAGCAAUGUUGGAAAUUUUACUUUGCAGAAUUCUGUACCAAUUUCAAAUAAUUAUGAGACCAUCUGGUCUUGGGGGUGGGAUGGUGAGAACAUUUGGCCCAUUUAGACCAUGUAUGAUCUUUGAGUGAAUUUGACGUCCCUGCAUUUGCACCACAAUUUUCUCUACCAUAUGCCAAAUUGGGGUAAGGAUAGAAACCUAAGAAAUUGAAGCAGGAACAGGCUAUUCGGCCUCUUGUGCCUGCUCUUCCAUGCUGUGGGUCACAGGUGAUCUUUUAUCCCAGUACCACAAUACUGCACCAACUCCAUAUCCCCAAAUUCCCUGAUAUCUAAAAAUAAAUGGAUGUCUUGCUUAAAUAGGUGGGCUGUUUGUCCCGCUUAGGGAAAGAAUUCCAGAGAUUCUUUACUCUUUUGGUGUAAAACUUUCUUCUCAUUGUAGUAGUGAAUGGCAAUUUUUCAGAUUGUGGCCCUUGGUUAUAGACACCCCAACCAGGGGAACUAACAGCCCUGCAUCUGUUAGGCUCAAAACAAUAGUUCCUGUGCCUCUCAUUCCUGCAAAUGGCAGAACAAUUUAGGUCCGUUGAACUCGCAGGACAAUUCCUCCAUCCCAGGACUCAAUGACGUAAUCCUUUGUGUCCCCAUUGCAAAAAUGUCACUCCAUAGAUGGGAAGACUAAAACAAAACUGAGUUUUUGUAUAUUUAAAUAUUUUUACGUUCCUAAAAUAGAAAGUUCCAUUGGCAUUGUUGGGUAAAAUUAAGUUAGCAUGGGCAAUCUCUUCCAAAUUGUUACUAAAAUUGAAUGCUUCACUUGAACCUGUCUGAACUAGAGGUAAAUAUAUUUAAAUGACUGAAUCCAUCCUCCUGAUUUUUACUUCGUAAAAUAUAUUUUUGUUGGUUUAUUAAAUAACAAUUCAAUGUAAAUGGCCAAAUGUGUGUCUGCCUUAGUCAUAAGUUUAAUUUUACAAGUUGCACAUAGGAUUAUUUUUCCAUGAAGUCUUGUUACUUUUAAAUAUUGACUUGUUAACUUAUUUUCUGUGUAGGUAUGCCAAGUAACAACCUUAAAACAAGAAUUGUACUAAACAUAAUAUUUGAAUAUGAACAUUGAAAAAAAUGUACCUUGUAAAGUAGAAUUAGUUCUAUUGGUCAUUGUUCCUUUACAUCUAUUCAUCUAAUAUCUAUUCAUUCAGCUGCAUAUCGAAUUUGCUUUUCUUGAUACUUCACUAGUUCAGGAUCGUCCUGCAAGUAAUGAAAAUCCUUAGUUCUUCUUUAACACAAUCUACCUUCUUUAACCUCUGUCCUGCUUCCUGUUCUUGCAUCUCCAAAAAUGGACCAGUGUCUUUUGAUGGGUCUGAGGCAGUUAUUUCUAUUAGUACCAGGACAUAUAGGCAUUUUUUCUUUUUACAGGUAGAAGGUGCACUUAGGUCAGGCCUGUCUUUCAGUCGGAAUCCCUUUGUUCCAACAGCGGCCUCCACUGUGAUAUUUGCGUUCUCCAAAGACGUCUGGGUCCUGAGAUAAUUUGCAGACCCUCCCAUUCAGUAACUGGAUCACCGAAACCCAGAUUCGUACAAGAACAAUUGUCUUGUGUCUGAACAAGAAGCUUGGAUUUUGUUCUCUGGAUUUUAGUAUCCAAAGAAAUGACAGCAAACAAGAGGAUGUUUCUCCAGGAUUAACUGAAAAUGAAUCAGAAUGAAUUGUUGCAUUGGAAUAGACAUAGGAUGCAUGAUAUAAAUUCUUCAUAUUUUUAGAUCCAGUCGCUUUGAUUUCACAACAUUAAAUUACUGCAUUGAUUUAUGCUGGAAAACCACCUUCUGAGUCAGGUGCUUAGGUUUCCCUUGCAGCACUAACCACAUUCUUUGUCACUUGUAGAGUUAUGGAGCAACACUGGUCCUUCCGUCCAACAAUUGUCAACCACCUAUUUAAAAUAAUCCUGCAUUAAUCCCAUUUUUAAUUCUUCCCACAUUCUCAUCAACUUCCCACACUAUCCUACUAAGGACAAUUUACAGUAGCCAAUUAGCCAACCAACAACAUAUCGGUUUGUAGGUUAAUUGGCUUUGGUUUAAAAAAUCUUAAAUUGCCCCGAGUGUGUAGGAUAGUGCUAGUGUACAGGUGAUCACUGGGAGACAGAGACUUUGGUGGGUCGAAGGACCUGUUUCCGUACUAUAUCUCUCAAAUCUAAAGUAAAAUCUAAACAAUCCUCCAGUCACAGCCAUUUUUGGUUUGAAUUUAUCUUUUCCCCCUGGGAUCCCAUGGGAUUAAACCUUUUGACCAGCCGACCCCAUGAAAUCUUGUUAAAAUCCCCGUAGUCUAUCUCAAACAUCGUGUUCACUGACUUUCCUUGUUACUUCCUUUAAAAAGAACACAACUGUUAGUUAAAUAUAACCAUCCAUGCCAACCUAUGGAAAUUAAUUGCCUAUCAUAUUUCCAAGUUUUCUGAUGCAACAAGACUAGUAGAAUUCUGAGUAGAGAGGGCAACGUUACAGAGGCAUCGCGGGGAUAUAGGAAUGCGAUGCGGGUGGGCAAGAAAGUGACAGAUGCAUUACAGUGUAGAAAAAUAUGAGGUCAUUCACUUGAUCACAAAAACAAUUUUUUAAUUUUUUUUUUUUUUUUUAAUGGUGAACGAUAGGAAAUGUCUAAAGGGAAUCUCGGCAUCCUGUAUAUAUUCUAGGUUUCAGUAACUCGUUGACGCACCAAGCAAUUAAGAAAGCAAAUGUUGGCCUUUGUUACUAGUGGAUUUGACUUCAAGAGUAAAGUGUCUUGCACCCUGCAUAAUUGCUUUGAAACUCCACCCAGAACUAUAUUGUGCAACUUUGAUCUCCUUACCUACAAUAUAUAUACACUUGCCAUAAGUAUAUAGGUAAAAGAUUCACUAGGCUGGUUCCUGGGAAUGCAUACUUGCCACAGGAGAACAGAUUGAGCAAGAGGAUUUGGCUCGAAGGCCAUUCGGCUCGAAGGGCCGAACGGCCUACUCCUGCACCUAUUUUCUAUGUUUCUAGGAUGAAAAGGGGAUUUUAUUGACUCAAACAGAAUCAUUCAGGGCUCGAUAGAUUGGAUGCAAGAUGGAUAAUCAUCACAGAUCAGUCUCGGGGUAAAGAGUGGGCAGAAGAUGACGAAUUUUUUGAAAUUACUGACCUGUGAAAACAUUGAGUGCAUUACAAACAAAUAAUACGUUUCUGUUGAAAGGAAAUGAGGGACCUGUGGAUAGUUUAAGGAAAUGGUGCUGAGAUACAAGAGAAGCAUGAUCGUGCAUGAUUGGUAGAGCAGACAGUAGUUUUGAAGGACUAGAUGGCCUAUUCACAUUAAGUACAUAGUUCCCUUUAUUUAUGAAGAUCGCUGCAAACUAUCCAUCAAAGAACUUUCCUGUAUCCUUCAUCUCUCCACAUAGCUAACCUUUUGUGCUUCACAGACCUUUCCACCAUUAUCUUCUUACUUAUUGUGUACUUGCAAAAGCAUCUUUGGGGAUUUCUGCGAUUCACUUGUGGACAUUCACGCCCUCUCUUUGCUUUUUUUAAUUUGACCACUGCAUUUUUCACAAACUUGGUCCUCAUCAUCUGGACUCGGGCUUCCUCUGGAUAGCAAAAUACAAGUGCAGAUGCCUCUGUGGCCCUCUCCCUUGCACUCAGUACACUGCCCAAAUAAAGAUAAUUAAGCACUUGUAAUGUUCUAAAACCAUUAACGCAAUAAAGUAUCUACGAGGAAAUGGCAUUUGGCUCCUAGUUCAGUUGAAUGUUUGAAAGUUAUUAGCGCGCCUCAGUUUUGAAAGCACGAGGUACUCCCACGAUCACAAAGGUCAUUCCCUACAAAAGUCACUUGAGACAAGUGGUCUGGAAACUGAUUGCCAUAUUUAUAUAGACAAUGAUUGACUCAUUGAUGUGUACAUGUAUAUAGAUAUAUUUGAAAAGAAUUUCAAGAUUGGAUCUGGGUAAUCGGUGGAUGAAGAGGAUUGAGUGUACUGUUGUAGGCUUUUUGUAGUGUCAUUAUUGCUUUUUUUGUUCAUCCCAAAAGUACAAAUAAACUGCAAUCUAAUCACUCCUG